GACAUUUGGGGGUGGAACGGUGGCCGGACGCGGGCCCUGGCUGAUUCUUUUGCUGACUCGAUGGGAAUCUCUGUGUGGAUCCCAAAGAUCCUAGAGCCCUACGAGGGCGGCACCGACGGAGAUGGGCUACCACCAGAUUUCAAUUUGCUGACUCGGAGAGCUGAGAUAGCGCCAGGGCGGUUCAAGGGUCCCUGGCAUCCCAGCAAGACGCUUCCGAAGGUGCUGAAAGUCGUCGAGGCGAUGCGACAAGCUGGAGUCAAACGGUAUGCAGUGCUGGGCGUGUGCUACGGUGCCUGGGUUGGCUUCCAUCUUGCCCGGGCAGUGCCUUCCUGGGAAUUGAUCUGCGGAGCAUCACCGCAUCCCAGUCUUCACAUGGAGGCCGUGGUGGGAGGAGAUCCGGUGGCCUUAGCUUCGGAAAUCCGCUGCCCGUGGGCCUUCUUCCCUUGUGGCGAAGUAGGGAAAGAAGGAGCAGAUCCUGCGAUGUACGAUGCAGAAGGAGAUGUCUUCCGCGCUUUGGAGAUACGCUUUCCAG